AUGAGUUUCUUCCAAGGCGCUCAUAACGUAUCAAUUGAACGGGGCACAUUUAAUACAGUUACGGGAAACCAGACAAAUAACCAUAUCUACAAUGAGAUUGUUCAGCAGAAGAAGAAGCGUACAUUAUACGACGAAUUCUACGAAAUCAAGCUUGGCUGGGUGCACAGAAUUCGGGAUAUACACUGCGAAAAUUACCCAAGGCAAUGGGACGUCGGUAUUAGGAAGCGGCUAGAAGAGGGACGUUUUCGAGUCGAUCGAACGAUUUGCGCUGCCAAAAUCCGGGAUGAACAGGGCUCGAGCUUCACGGUGGUUUCGUACAGUGGACCAGAAAAGAAGAAGGCAUGGAAGGAAGACUUUCGACAGUUUUCAAAAACGACAGAUACAACAAAUAUGCAACUGUUCGGGAUUAACCGAUCAAGUACACCUCUGUUGAUAUUUUAUGGAGAGCUUGUGCCUCUUGCCCAUUUCUGGGAUAGGCUCGGUGAUCUCGGGCGAGGUUAUGCAUGGACAUUGUCGGUAAGCAUCAAGUCUAGUUUAUGUGACCGAGUCGUCGAUCUGGGUAAACAGCUUACAAAGCUAUGGAAAAGUAUUGGAGAAUCGGCAGUGUGGAUAGAUCCCGCGCAAGGAACUCUUGUUCGUGGAGUGAACGGGCCCGAUUGCCGUCUAUUUCAUCCUACCUUCUUUAGUGUCAGGGCGUCGCUGCCAUCAAGCGUCGAACUUCUCGACGAAGAUGUUUGCUUCCGCUAUCUCUCUCGGUUGCCAUUGGAUAAGAAAUUCGACAGAGAGGUCAUCGAUGUGAUCUCCUUCGGUUCCAUGACACGCGUAACUAUCGAUCGACCUUGUGUCCUUUCUGGCAAGACGAAUUCCACGAUCGCAGUUGGAAGUGGUGUUUGGAUUGAAGAUGGGUGCCUUGCCGACGGAGUAAUGAUGCCAGAUGGAAGAAUAAGAUGCAUUCUCAAGGAAGAGGAUGACUCAGACUUGAUAUUGUACAUCCAUCACAAUCCGAGAGUCUGGCACUCGCAGGCUUCGAGUGUCUUUUAUAGACUCGGAAUUUCGUUGAAUGACGAUCUGUCGUCUUACGAGCUCAUCCUGCCAGAUAUCGAGUUGAUAGGAUACGUUUAUUUCUCGCGACAACGUUCGGAGGAUCGACCCAUAUACUUCUUCCUCCAUCCACACUCUUACCUUCCGCUCGAAGAUGAUUCAGUCCUGUCCACCCACACCUGGUCUUUUGAUGAAAAUGGCCAAACGUCCAUCCCACAUUGCAAAAACCUUGGUCUACCCACCGAGCUUAGGGUGUGCCACAGGCCGACCGACAUAUAUUACUGGCCUAGUAGGGUAUACAAAUUAAUCCACAAAUGGCAGAUCGAGAGAGGUUUUGAUCCUACCACCACCAACUUCGCACGUUACCUCGAAUAUCCUAUAUAUGAAGUUCGGCCACCUCGGUUUGAAGAGCUGGGUGUGGACCAACCCGAAGAAUCAUACUCUUUUGAUGACGAUCUCUAUAUGGAUUCAUCAGGCCAACCCGAAGAGUCAUACUCUUUUGAUGACGAUCUCUAUAUGGAUUCAUCAGGCCAACCCGAAGAGUCAUACUCUUUUGAUGACGAUCUCUAUAUGGAUUCAUCAGACCAACCCGAAGAGUCAUACUCUUUUGAUGACGAUCUCUAUUUAGAUUCAUCACUACCUCCUACAUUGACGGCCGAUAAUGCAGAAGACCUCGUGGAUGUAGACUCGCCUACAUCUGCAUUUCCCUUACAGGAUGGCGGCAAUCAGUUCCAAGCGGGAACUGUGGAUACCAUGGGCAAGGAUGUUGGCACAGAUAGCGACAGCUGCUUCGAGGGAUAUUCCACUUCGAGCACGUCGGAUAUGGAGGUGGAGUAAGAGGCAUACCUACCGAGGUUAGUUAUGGCGAGUGUUUGUUCUAGCAAUCGUGGCAACUCGGGUUCAUCUCACAGAUCCCAGCGAGCACUCAUCAAUUGUCCCCCCAUCGAUGAAUAUGGAGAGGAACUUACGACACCCUUGUCGCCAAGAGUAUCGAAUGGUUCUCCUGAACGUCUACGAUGAUCGCUCCGGUUUUUGAUGACUUAUCGUUGUCUUUCUUAGUUUCAACUUCCUGAUUUGUGUACUCUGCUGUCUACAUAUGUACCCAUACGUUCUAAGUAUCAACGACUGAACGAUUCUACGACAACUUCGAUCAUUUGCGG